GUAAAAAUUUCGAAUUAAUAAUAUCAUUCCCAUCUGUCAUUUGACAUAUAAAAUCCAAGAUUCAUUUUACUUUUGAUUCGGUUAAAAAAUUUGAUUCAAACUAGUAAAUGAUGUUUAUGCUUUAAAAAAAAUUUGUUAAAAGAAAUCGAAAUGGAACAAUCGGAACAAAUAGAAGGUAAUAUUGAAUGCCAAAACGAUGCAGCGAAUGAAAAAGAUUUUGUUCUGACAUACAUAGAAGAAACAGAACAACGAUUAGCUUAUAAAGCAGCCGUUCGUAAAAAGAAUCAAAAUGUUCAAAAUUGCUAUCCACCCGAUGAAUACUUCAGUAAAUUAGAUUCAAAUCUAAAAAAGAAUACAACAUUUGUAAAAAAAUUAAAAACAUUCUCAGCAUCACAACUAGACGGUUUAUUGAAAGAUUUAUCGGUAUUAAAUCUAACAAAAUAUAUAUCAGAAGUUGCAGCAGCCCUAACUGAAGCCAAAUUAAAAAUGACUGACAUCAGUAAUGCUGUACAAUUAUGUAGUGUAUUACAUCAAACAUACUCAGAAUUUCAUACACAUUUUUUUGAGAACUGGUCAAAAGUGUUAAGUUUUAAAUCAGGUGAUAAAAUAACAAAUCCAAGUAAAUUACGUGUAGAUUUACGUUUUUAUGGUGAGUUAGUAAGUUUUGGUAUAUUUACAAAUAAACUUGGAUUGCCGCUAUUAGGAAAUGCGUUAACAUUUUUAAUAAACAUGGACAAAGAGGAACAUUGUAAUAUAUCCAUAAUUCUAAGUUUUUGUAAACAUUGUGGCGAAGAUUAUGCAGGUCUUGUACCGCGUAAAAUACGUUUAUUAGCAAAUAAAUAUAAUUUAGAAAUACCACGAAGUGAUCUAUUAACACCGGAUAAACAAUCAAAUGUACGGGUUUUGUUAAAAGAUUAUUAUACAUCGUUAUGUAAGCACGUUUUAAAUGAUUAUUUUGAGAUACAAACAUUUCAAAAUCAAAAUAAACGUAUUCUACAAACUAAAGGGGAAUUAAAUCAUGAACGUAAAGAACGUUUAGAAAUAUUACAGAACGCUUUUGAUAAAUUAAUGGUUGCUACACAAAGUUUCUCGGAGAUAUUAGAUGAAGAUUUACCAGUGUUACCAGAGGAAAAAGUUGAGAAAAUCGAUGAUGAAAUUGGUAUGAAAAUUAGUUGUAAUGAUACGGAUGAUAUAAAUGUACCAUCAGAAGUUUGGGAUGAUGAAGACACCAAAAAUUUUUAUACAGAUCUCUUAGAUUUACAUGAAUUCUUACCGAAUUCGUAUGUGAAAACCGUUACAGAACCGACUGAUACAAUAACCGAAGAACAAUUAGAUUCGGAUGUAAUUGAAGAUUUUGAACAGGAGGAAAUUAAUGAUCCCGAAGAGACAGUUGUUGAAGAGGAAUUGGAACCGAUUAAUACAAAUAUUAGUAAUAAAAUAUUAUUGGAAGCAUUUUUAAAUAAUUUACAAAAUUGUGUUAAUCGAGAAAUGAUUGAUAGUUCUGUUGUCGAUUUUGUAAUGAAUUUAAAUACAAAACAUAAUCGUCGUAAAUUAAUUCGUACACUAUUUGGUGUAGCUCGUACACGUUUGGAUUUAUUACCAUUUUAUGCUCGUUUUGCAGCCACGCUGUAUUCGGUUAUGCCUGAAAUCGGUACAGAAUUAUGUCAAAUGUUAAAACAAGAUUUUAAAUAUCAUGUUCGUAAAAAAGAUCAAAUUAAUAUUGAAAGUAAAAUUAAGGUUGUUCGAUAUAUUGGGGAAUUAGUGAAAUUUAAUUUGUAUUCGAAAAUGGAAGCGUUAUAUUGUUUAAAAGUACUAUUGCAUGAUUUUAAUCAUCAUCAUAUUGAAAUGGCUUGUAAUUUAUUAGAAGUUUGUGGUCGAUAUUUAUUUUGCCAUAAAGAUUCACAUCAACGAACCAAAGUGUACUUACAGCAAAUGAUGCGUAAAAAAUCUGUAAUGGCAUUAGAUUCACGUUAUGUUACACAAAUAGAGAAUGCAUACUAUUUUGUAAAUCCACCAGAAAAUUUACAAACUACCAAAAAAGUACGACCAAUUUUACAUGAAUUUAUUCGAAAAUUAUUAUAUCAAGAAUUACAAAAGAAUAAUACGGAUAAAGUUUUGAGAAUUAUGCGUAAAUUAGAUUGGGAGAAUGAAGAAGUUGCUGCUUACGCAAUAAAAUGUUUAACUUUUGCACAUCAUGUGAAAUAUUUGAAUAUACGAUGCUUGGCAAAUUUAUUAGCUGGUUUGGUUGCAUACCAAGAAUUUGUUGGUACACAAGUAAUUGAUGGUGUGUUAGAAGAUAUACGUAUGGGUAUGGAAAUGAACCAUCCAAAAUUGAAUCAACGACGUGUUGCUAUGGUUAAGUAUUUGGGUGAAUUAUAUAAUUAUCGUUUAAUUGAAUCGGGUGAUAUUUUUAAAGUAUUGUAUUCUUUGAUUACGUUUGGAGUAUCUUUAGAUUAUAAUGUUACAUCACCAUUAGAUCCACCUGAACAUCUAUUUCGAGUUCGUUUAACAUGCGUACUCUUAGAUACCUGCGGGCAGUAUUUUAAUGGGGGCAGCAGUAAAAAAAAAUUAGACUACUUUCUAAUAUUUUUCCAAAAUUAUUAUGUAUUUAAAAAAUGUGAUCCAAUUUGGACAACUGAAAAUCCAUUUCCCGUUGAUGUUGAUUAUAUGUUUCGAGAUUGUUUGCGUUCGUUAAGACCAAAAAUUUACUUUUAUAAUGAUUAUAAAGAAGCACAGGAAGCUGUUGAAGCGUUACGAAAGAAUUUUGCUCAAUUUUUAAAUAUUGAAGUGAAUGAAGAACAUACAGAGAAUAAUCCAAAUCUAGGAACAAUUCAAGAACAAGAGGAAGUAGAUAUUGUAUCUGAUGCACAAGAUCAUACAACCACUGAAGAUGAAUCUGGAUAUCCUGAAUCUGAUAUUGAUUCAGAUAAAAUGGAAGAAAAUGAAAUAUCUGAUUUAGAGGCUGCUAAUGAUAUUGUACCUGUUGCACCGGCUACUGUUAAAUGCCCUGAGGAUGAUGAAUUUUUGGCUGCAUUAGAUAAAAUGGUUGUUGAUAAUAUGCAAGAUCGAUUACGUGAUUCUGUGAAGCCAACCCAAGUUGAUAUAUCUGUACCAAUGCAUAUUAAAUCGUCUGGCUUGAAGAAAACAUAUCAAAUAUUAAAAGAAGAAGAGUUAGCCUUAUCUAGUCCUAAAGAAAAUACUACUAAACAGUUUGUAUUGAUGUUACGUAAGGGUCAUAAACAACAAUAUAAAAGUUUUGAGGCACCAAUGGAUAGUGAAUUAGCAUUAAAUUUACGAAAUCAAGAGGAAGCUUUACGAGAGGAAAAAGAGCGUGUUAAAAGGCUUACGUUGAAUAUAACUGAACGAUUAGAGGAAGAAGACUAUCAAGAAAUGUUGGCAACUCAACAAAGACCACAAACUACAAGUUUGAAUAGAGAACGACGGAAAUAUCAACAUCCGAAAGGUGCACCAGAUGCGGAUCUUAUAUUUGGUCCAAAAAAAGUUCGAUAAAAAUAGCAAUUCCUAUUAUUAAUUUAUUUUAUAACAUUUCUGUUAUAAUUAUUACUUCAUAAAAGUAAUUUAAUUAU